UGUCGGUGCAGUUUUGCAGAGCAGACGACUUUUACGCAGUGUGCAUUUGAUGAUAUGUGUGUGAGUGUGUGAUAGCGAAAAAAAAAUUUAAAAAAAACAUUCAACAUGCCCCGUUGAGUUAGAGCUGUUGCUGUUGCUGUUGCUGCUGCUGCUACUACUGCUGCUAUAUUGUCAUUUCAUGUUUACCACAAACGGCGAAAGACGUCUAAAAAAAGUUUGUCAGAUGAAAGAAUGAACGAAAAAAAAAAACGCGGAGCGAGGAAAAAGUUGAACCGAAUUCGAAUGCAUGUAUGAGAUGUGUCAUUGCCACACACAAGCAGAGAGCGGACAACUAGAGUAUAACCAACAGAGGCAGAAACUCUCUCAGUGAUUAAACGUUGAGACCAUUUUUAUUUUCUGUGCUCAUAGAUUCCACGGAGAGCACCGAGAGCGAAUUAACGACGACGACGACGACGACGACGAGAAAAAAAAAACACAACAGUCAUUUUCUGUAUAUAUAGUUGAAUCGUUGGCCGUCGUCGGUGCGGUGCAGUUGUGUGUCGUUUUAAAAAUUACACGUACACUACGUAAAAAUGUGUAGUACGAACACAACGAAAUAUAUGCAAACACACAUAUUAAAAGCGAUCGCGACUUCAUUCAGUCGAUAAACACAACAUGCAGCGCGGCCGCGGCACACAUGAUAAACAAGACGUAUUUAUACACUGUGAUAGGAAAGCAACAACAGUAGUCGCGCGAACUGCACCAAAUACACACUUACACACACAUUCCCAUAUUAGCGAUUUCGAUAGGUUCAAUUUCGUUCAUUCGGUGACUGUUUCGCCACAGUGUGAUGUGAAUAAAAAAAAAAACUGAAUGAAAAAGAAAUACAGCGCGCGCGAGAAAAAGAAAAAUACACACCGUCAAGAAUUGCCUUUAUAUGCCUAUUCGUUGCGUGUUUGCACUGGGCAAAACGUUCUUUCAAAACUGGUUGACAGCAACACCAAAACUACUUUCAUGAUUUCGUUGUCCUCGCAUUCAGUAUACAUGUAAUGAUUUUAAAUCGACCGAUAUGUACAAAAGCGUAUAAAUAUCACAAGAUUUUCUUCUUUGCUCAUUUUGGAUGGAACAUGCGUUUAAGGAGAAAACAACGACUCUGUGCGAGCUAAGCUAACUGAGACUAGAAGUCUUAAUUAAAUAAAUAAUUAAAUUAUGUGAUGAUAGGAAUAAUAUGUGAAACAAGUGAUGAGCGAGUGUAUAUUCGACACAGCCCGAAUUUUUUUGAUAAUUGUUCGCGCCAAAUAAUGUUGAUAUGAGAUGGCUCAUCAUAAAAAUAUAAUGUUCUAAAUAAAUCAAGUGGAUGACGGACAACCGAAAAUCUUAAGCCCACAAAAAAGUGCAUUGAACGAAAAGCGUUGAUCAGAUACCGGUGUUUCUGGAGAGUGCGUGUCGUGUGAUUUAUUUUGAUUGGGUAGCGUGAGCCGAAAAAAGUCCAUUAUUAUUUCAAAUUCGUUAGAAAGAUGCACACACAAAAUGGCGGAAGAUAGUGAUGGUACGUUACAAGCAGUAGUAAUCUGUGAAGGCGACCUACAUGAUCCAGAUUUUCCGCAAAAAUUCCGCUCUUUAUUGGGUAAACUGAAAUCAAUAUUAGAUCCACCGAAGCGACGAAAACGUUUUCUCAAAGUAAAAAAGGUUGAACCAUGGAACAGUGUACGCGUUACACUCUCGAUUCCGAAGGAAGCUGCCUCAAAAUUGCGACAAUUGGCAGCCGAAGGAAGUGCAGCUCUAAGAGCGCUUGGAAUAUUGUCUGUGCAACUCGAAGGCGAUACUGUGAUAUCUUUACGUUUAGUGGGACAAGAAAUUGUUUUAAGAACAGAAAGCGAAAAUGCACCAGCACUGAAUGGCCAGAAUCAUAAUAGUGCAGCAGCCAAUGAUUUUACAAAUUUACUUGCACGUGUGCCUACACCACAGAACAAUCAGCAGUCACAGCAAACCAUAUGUGCCGGGAGUGGAGAAGGUCCGAGCGGUUUAUCGACGGCCAUAAAGCAGCAACAGCAGCAGCAGCAGCAUCAAAUCAUUCGAAUGAAUUCGAUUGAUCCAUCGGUAGCUAUGAAUGGGCCAGUUGAUGCAAAGGCCAUUUUUAAAUCGCCCAACACAAUUUGUCCCAUGGAUGGCAAACUACCAACGCCAGUGCCAUCAAAUGUAGUCGAUUCGCGUGAGUAUCCAUUCGAAAGUAUGACACAGGCGCGUGUCAUUCAGAGACGAGAGAAUACGAUGGGCCAACAGCAGAUACAAAAUCAGCCACAGCAGCAGCAGCCACCGCAACCGCCUCAACAACAGCCAUCAUUGCCGCACGUUAGGCCAGCCACUGAUCAGCAAGCGCCACCACCGCCUCCAUAUCCGGGAGCAUCGCCGACGCGAAAUGCCAAUGUGAAUAUGAUCAAUACACAUAUAGUCACAAAUAAAAUAGCACUGAAUCAGCAAGCCACGACAUCGGGCAAUAUUGCAAUAUCGAGCCCAUUGCUUGUGAAUCUGUUGCAAAAUGAAUCAGCGUCCACGUCGAAUGCACCGCCCAAAUCGAUUAUAUCGGCGAAUGCGCCAACAACAAUCGUUAAAAAUGGCCAAGAAAUCGUAAUAUUGAGCAAUAAUUCGAUGCCACCGCAGCAUCAGAUGCAGCAACAAGUGAAGCUUACACCGAACUAUAUUCCAAACAGCAGUGGCACGGAACUAGGUUUUAAUAAAUGUGUAGUUAAUAAGCAAACGAUACAAUCGCCCAGCCCACACCAUCAAAUGCGUGUGCAGCAGACAUUUGUGAAUGUGUCGUCCGUUCAAACGGUUCAAUCGACAAUCAAUGAGUCAAUACAGCAACAGCCGCUGCAGCUACCGCCACCAUCGCCGUUGCCACCGCAGCAGCAACCAACUCUCAUACAUAGCAACAAUAAUAAUGCAAAAGAUAAUAACAGCGAAAGAAAUCUAAACAAUAGUAAUGUAUUAAGCACAGUGCCACAACAAGCAAAUAGUAUCAUAAUCGCUGGUAAUGCUACUACAGUGCCUUCGACAAUAAAUAGCGUGAACAAAAUUCAAUCGAGAUAUCCUCAGCCGCAACACGCGAUACCACCUCAGUUCCAGCAACAGUUUGCGAACCAAUCACAAAUCAGAGCCACCAUGAUAUCUGCUCAAAAUGCUAAUCAACCACCCGCAGCACCACCACAAAAUCAUCAUCCAAAUCAACCGCCAAUGGCAAAUAUGAUAUCGAUACCACCAAAUCAAAUAAAUACAUCACCGCAAACGAUACCCGCUCAAGUCGUGUUACAGAAGCAGCAACAAAUGCGUGCAAUGCAUCCAAAUAUGGUUGCUCAGCAGCAGCAUCAGCAUCAGCAACAGCCGCCACAACAACAACAGCAAAUGAUUGGUGCCAAUAUUCAUCAGGUCGAAUUCCGGCAGCCCGCCCCAGCUAACAUCAUUUUACAACAAAACCAAAUGCAAUCCAAUCAGAUGCAACAGUUCCAGCAGCAGCAACCUCAACAAAUGAUGCAACCGCCACAAAUGAUGACGGGAAAUUCGAUACAAUUUAAUACGCCAAUGGGAUCUCAGCCACCAUCAACGCAGCCACAAAUGGAUCAGUCAUCGUUUAACGCUCGGUGGCCAUUGAAGCCAAUGGAUUCGGCAACGCAAUCCAGUUUUCAAGAGUUCACACGAUAUCAAAUGCAAUAUAAUUUAAGUCAGCAACAACAACACGCUGAACCCGAAGAUUCAUUAGCCGAUCAGUUGGCCGAUCUGGAUGAAAUUACACGAACCGAUUUGGAAUCAUUGUUGCCCGGCAUAAAUGACUCUGAUUUGGACUCAGCCUUGGGGUUGGAUAUGAAAGCGCCAUUAGAAUCAUUACUCGAUGCAAAAGACUUGGAAGAUUUAAUCGAUCCAUCGGUGGCAAAUGAUGCCAUCGAUUCGAAUCCGUCGACCACAGCUGCCGUUUUGAGCGGAACUGGUAUUCCGCCGACAAAUGUCACCACCAAUCAAGUAAUUGGCUUGCCACAACAAAACCCGAAUCUUAUGCAGUUUCAACAAAAUCAAGCGAAAAUUCCAAUGCAACACCAGCAUCAGCAGCAGCAACAUCCAUCCGUCGAAGCGAAUAUGAAUCACUUCAGAGCGACGCCAAUGGAUAAAAGACCCAUGCAUCCACAUCAGAUGCAGCAGCAGCAGCAACAACAACAACAACAAACGAACAUAAUGAACGCAUCGAUGAAUGUUCCACCACAAUCACCGAUGCCGCCGAUGAAUAUUCAAAAGUCAGUUCAACAUCAGCAAUACAUGGCGGCUCAGCAUAAGUUCGACCAAAAAAUGAAGAAGCCAUUGGCUGGAAAGGAAAAGCAGGUUCUUAUUAAUCCGUCGACUGGUGAGCUCGAACCAAUUCCAUCCGAAGAGUGUGGCGAUGAGCUGGCAACCACCAAUGCCCUGACAUUAUUCAGUGAAUUCAAUGCGGAAGCAUCGAAUUCCAUGUACUCGGACGAUGAUAAUUCGUGUAGCACUUUCUCGAAAGCAUCGGAUCAUAGCGAUAAUGAUCGAUCAAGCAAUUCGGAUUACUCGGGCAAGGGCAAAGCAUCGGGAAAACGCAAAGAGAAAAAGGAAUCGAUAAAAAAGCCAAAAAUUCCAAAAGAAAAAGGCCCAAAAGGUGGUUCACUGUUGAAGGAGAAACUGCAGCAGAACAUGAAAGAGAAAAUUAUGGGCAAAAAUAAGGAGAAAAGUAAAACGAAAAAUUUGCCAUCGCCCAUCAUUUCGAAUGCGACCAUUGCCGAGACAAGCGAUAAAAGUAAUCCGGAGAAAAUUAAAUUGCGUUUGAAAUUAGAAAAAUCGGAACCAGUGACACCAGCGUACAAGGUUGAUGUGAGUUUUGGUGACACUUCGAAACGCGCUCAAAACCCAUCAACUCCAACUGUAUCGUCAACAUCACAUACAAAUGCUUCAGCCAAUCCGAUGAAUAGUUCAACAUCGACGGGAAAUGAAGAGCUACGUGUACCGCCGUUGCAUAUUAGUUUACGUGGCCGAAAUUCGGUUGUCAUCAAAAAUUCGAAGAAAGGUCGAAAGAAAUCUCAAGGUGGUGGUGCUGCUGCUGCUGAUGAUGACAACAACAAAAAAUCAAAUAGCAAAAAGUCUUCGUCAAAUGCGAUGAACACAACAAAUAUCACAUCUAAUGUGGAUUCGGCCCAAUUCACAAACAAUAUAAACCGGUUACAUCACAGUACCAACGCCAACGAAAGUGCAACAAAUUGCAAUGCAAAUGCUGCGCCUAGUAGUACGGUGGAUCAUUUUGUAGACAGCUCGCGGAUUGGAUCGUUAACAGCAGAUAGCGUUAGCAAUCAACCGGAGAAAAUGGAUCAAUCAAAACAGUCGGAGGUAGCGAAGCGAUUGAGCAAUGAUUUAAUUGCUUCAACAAAUGGACCAAUUCACGCAGAAAAGAAGCGUCGAUUAAGUCAAAGCUCAAUUGCGCCUACGGCGACGACGAUGGCCAACAGUCAAGAUAUGCCAAUUCCAUCACCUUCAAUAACGGUCGGAACCACUUUGAUUACAUCAAGAAGCUCGUUGAUGCCGAUGACCGAUAAUUCGGUUGAGUCAAUUCGAGAGGCGAUCGGGUCGACGAAUGUCGGCACACUACCGAAGCAUUCGUCGUUAACACCGUCAAAAGUACAAAAAAGCACCAAUAAUAAUAACAACAGUUUAACGUUAAACAAAGUCAAACCAGCGAACAAACUGAAGACCAAAACACUGAUCAAUAUGCUCAAACAACAGACGGAUCCACCGAUUGCAGCGAAUCAGCAAGAUCACUCAGUAGUCGAUAAAAUGAAGCCAAACGAUGUGUUGCAACUGGAUGCCAUUAUGGGCGAUCAAAGUAGCCAAAAAUUUCGUGAAUCCAUCGUAACCGGGGACGAUUCAAAUUCCAAAAACAAUCAAAUUGAAUUGAGCUCAAAUGCCGUGACAAACAACAGCGACGACGGUAACGUGGACAAACCGUUGCACCAGUCGCAAAAUCAAGGGUCAUUCAAUAAUGUUGAUAUGAAACAAGACGCUGCGAUGGAAAUAAACAGCAACGAUUCGGAUGUGAAGAGCAUUGGAAAUGGCAAUGAUUCGAGUCAGAAGCUGAUAACAACAGCAACGACCACACCACCAUCAUCAACAAAUCUGCCAUUUGUCAAUCAAUCGAAUGAGGCAAAAGAUUCGCCGCGUCGUGAUAUCAUUGAUGGAAUAAUAAAUGCAUCACAAGCAAUACGCUGUUCGCCCGCCUCUCAAGCACAAGGCGAAGAUAGUGGCAUCGAAUCAAUGGAUGCACUGUCGGAAAAGAGUCCACACCAAACAGCUAGUCCACAAACAAAUUAUGUGAAACGUGCUGACAGCCCAAAAGACAGUGUUCAAAAAACGGCCGCCGUUGCGGACGAUACAGCGGCUACAUUGCGCGAAAACAUAUCGGUCGAUAAGUAUUCGAAUAUCGAAGCGACGCUGGCCAAAAUGGAAGGUCUGAAUGAGUUUAUAACAAGUGACUGUGAUAAAAGUGCUGUUCAAGUCGAUACGACAUGCGACAGUCAAAAGAUGAAUGGUGAACAUUCGACGCUGGAAAAUGAUGACAACCCAGUGAAGCUAUUGAUGAACGAUCUCGUCGCACCGAUUCAAGAGAAAACGGAAGAAAACCUAUUGGCCGCACUGAACGAUGAUGAGUUGAUGAAAAAAUCCACCGAAAAAGACUCCAUUGCCAAUUCGAUCGAUGUGAAUGAGAUCAAAGACUUGAAUGAAAAUCAAACGACCGUCGUCGAUGUAUUGGAUGCAAAGAACAAUGUCGAUGAAAUAUCCACAAAAAUUGCCGACAAUACCAGCGAUAUCAAAGGGCAGCUCACUCAAAAUGAAAUCCCUAAUAACGAAACGAAAACAAACACAGUCGAAUUGGUAAAUUGUGAAACAACAACAACACCACAAAUUCCUGUGUCUCAAGAAACAAACAACACUGAUUUGGUGGAAAAGAAGCCAAGCGAACCGAUGGAACAAGAAUCAAUUCAAUUGACCACCGAAUCGGAUCAAACCAUCACGAAUGAUAUCGAUCUCAAAUCUGAACCGGCCAAAUCCGACGAGGACAAAGAGAUUGAAGAUACGAUGAAAUCCAUGGAAGUCGAUUUAAAUGAACCAAAAAUGCUGCAGCAACUCUCCAUUGAAAUACCAUCCAAUGAAAAUGACAACGCACAACGAGUUAAAACGCGUGCAAGCAGCAAAUUAGAGAGUCCAUUGGAUGCAUUGAAACAAUCGCCAUCAAAUUCACCGGCCGGUUCAACGCGAUCGCUAAAAGCGGCCAAACGAAAACGUCAAGAAUCUGAAAGUUCAACGCAGUCAAGUGUAAGUGAUGAUACGCCGAUUAAAGCAAAAAAGGCUCGAAAAAGUGGAGAUGUCACAGCGUCUAGUUCAACCGCAUCUAGUUCAACAUCAUCGUCUCCAACAACCGUACGAUCUGUAGGUCAGGCGAAAGCAAUGAUUUUGGUGAACACAAUGACUAUGCCAAUUUAUAAUAACGAUUCAGAAAAUACGAUGAGUCGAAAGUCAGAAGACUCCUCCGAUUCGGAUGAACCGUUGAUCGAAGUGGCGGGGAAAGUGCGCAACGCAAAAAUGAGCAAAACCACAGCUGAUGCGGACAAAGCGCUGCAAAAUCAUCAGAAAUCAUCGACAACGGCCACCGGUGUUGAUCAACAAAUGGCAAACAGCACAAACAAUGUAUCGCAUUCCAGUGGCGAUGGUCAAGCGAAACCGGGCCAACUGCCAAAGGGCACUGACGAUAAGAGCAGCGCAAUGAGCACACGUCGAAGUGUACGAAUGAACAUCGGAACGAAAGUGGCUAAAAUGACUAUCAAUCAGUCAAUUCAUGGUGCGACGAAUCUCAAUUCGAAUGAAAAUCACAAUGAUGCUCGUAAAAGUGGCAACGGGCCAUCGGUCAACUCAAUAAAUAGUACCGAAUCAACUUCAUCAAUGGACGCACGUCGCAAAACUCGUAGCACAGAAUUCGUUUUAGGCUUGGAUACGGUCGGCAGCGGUGAAGGACGAAGAAGGCGAUUAUCUCGUGAUAGCAAGUGACACAGAGCAUGCGUCUCCGAUGACCAAUUGGACAUUGAUGAGACGCAUUUGAUUGCAAACAAUGAAUAUUUCGAGGUGUCACUCAGCAACAGUGAUGACAAUGAAAACUCCAUCCACUUCAUCGAUAGCAAUCGCGAAUUUGAGUGCAUUGAAGAAGAGGCCAUUUCACAGCCAGACACAGAACAUCACGGCGGAGACGACGACGACGACGACGAUGAAGACGACGAAAAUGCAGAGAAUUACUACACCAUUGAAAUUGAAGAUGAUUUCGACACGGAUUUUGAAAAGGAUUCACUUAUUGCGUGAAAUAAAACGAUGAAACACAAACAAAUUGAGUCUGUAGAAAGAAAAUUGUGAUCAGUGAAAAUAGAAAGCAUUCGUCGUUAUGCAAACGAUGUGCUUUAUUAAAAUGAUCCAUUGAAGAAAAGAGAAAAA